AUGCCUCCCAAGAGAAAGGCAGCUGACAGCGGUCGAUCAAGCAGUGCCUCUAAACGACCCACGCCCGUUCCCGAUGUCACAGAGAUAUCCAGUAGCGAUGAAUACUCGGACGAUCAGGAUGAAGUACCGGAACAAAACAAUCUAAAAGAGGUCGUUAGCAAGUUCUCGUUGGAGUCGUUCAGCAAGAAAUCGCAACUUGAUAAGACAGAUCCCAGAUUUGGCUACAAGGAUCUCUCAUCAUUACCGCUUAAGCGCGAUCACUACAACCGCCCUCUAUGGAUCGAGCCGGUAAAAGGCACGAUUACCCUCGAGAGCUUCUCACCACUAGCGCCACAAGCACAGGAUUUUCUUACCACCAUCGCCGAACCGCUUUCGCGUCCCACCCAUCUCCAUGAAUAUCGUUUAACCGGUCACAGUCUUUACGCAGCUGUGUCGGUUGGUCUGAAACCGCAGGAUAUUGUCGAGUUUUUGGAUCGUCUUUCGAAAACCCCGCUCCCUGAAAGUAUUCGCACUUUCAUUAUCGAGUUCACAAAAUCAUAUGGCAAAAUCAAAAUGGUUCUCCGACACAACCGGUACUAUGUCGAAACGACUGAUCCCGAAAUGCUACAACGAUUGUUAAAAGACGAGGUGAUCGGCCCACAAAGAGUUGAAAACACCGAGGGAAUCAUUGAGCGCGCGGCUCCGAAGAUGGGAGGUCUCGUUAUUCCUGGAACCAAGGAUGCAGCCGGUGUACGAGAGACGGGCACUCAGCAAAAUUCUGCUGCCGCGCCCCUUCGCAAUGAGAAUGAGGAAAUAGCUGUGGAUUACGGGAUCGACGAUGUUGGUGAGGAUACUGAUGAGGCCACCACAUAUAGUUUCGAAAUCCCUCCAGCCGGUGUCGAAAUUGUCAAGGCCCGCUGUCAAGCAAUUGGAUGUCCCGCCCUGGAAGAAUACGAUUUUCAGGGUGAUACUGAAAACGCCAAUCUUGACAUGGACUUGAAACCGGCUGCGAGAAUUCGGUCAUAUCAGGAGAAGAGUCUAAGCAAGAUGUUCGGUAACGGACGUGCAAAGAGUGGUAUUAUCGUUCUUCCCUGUGGUGCCGGCAAGACCUUGGUCGGUAUCACCGCUGCAGCGACUAUUAAAAAGGGCACAAUUGUUCUUUGCACGAGCUCUAUGUCUGUAGUCCAGUGGCGAAAUGAAUUCUUACGCUGGACUACUAUCGACCCCAGUGACAUCGCCAUUUUCACAUCUGAUCACAAGGAAAAGUUCAAGAGGUCUACCGGAAUCAUUGUCUCGACUUAUUCUAUGGUGUCUCAGACUCGAGCCCGAUCCUACGAUGCUCAGAAAAUGAUGGACUGGCUUCAAUCUCGUGAGUGGGGUAUGAUGAUUCUCGAUGAGGUCCACGUCGUGCCCGCUUCAAUGUUCCGAAAGGUCACAUCUGCGAUCGCUGCACAGAGCAAACUCGGCCUCACAGCAACUCUACUUCGUGAAGACGACAAGAUUAAGGAUUUGAAUUUCUUGAUUGGUCCCAAGCUUUACGAAGCCAACUGGAUGGAGCUUGCUGCCCAGGGACAUAUUGCCAAGGUUCAGUGUGCCGAGGUCUGGUGUCCUAUGACUACUGAAUUCUACUCGGAAUAUCUGAGAGAAAGCUCGAGAAAACAGGCGUUGCUCUAUAUCAUGAACCCUCGAAAAUUCCAAGCAUGCCAGUUCUUGAUCGAUUUUCACGAGAAACGAGGAGACAAAAUCAUCGUCUUCUCUGACAAUGUGUACGCAUUGGAGCGAUACGCACUAAAACUGAAUAAGGCAUACAUUUACGGCGGAACGCCGCAGAAUGAACGAAUGCGUAUUUUGGAGAAUUUUCAGCAUAACGAGCAGGUCAAUACAAUUUUCCUUUCCAAAAUUGGUGAUACCUCGCUGGAUCUACCGGAAGCUACGUGCCUGAUCCAAAUUUCCUCUCACUACGGUUCUCGUCGUCAGGAGGCCCAGCGUUUGGGCCGUAUUCUCCGAGCCAAGCGUCGUAACGAUGAAGGCUUCAACGCGUUCUUCUACUCUCUUGUAUCGAAGGACACUAACGAGAUGGUCUAUUCGGCUAAGCGUCAGGCCUUCCUUGUCGACCAGGGCUACGCCUUCAAGGUCAUCACCCACCUGCAAGGCAUUGAGAAUUUCGAGGGUCUGUCUUAUGCCACGCCUGCAGAGCGACGUGAGCUCUUGCAGGAAGUCAUGCUGCAGAACGAGUCUUCUGCUGACGUGGAGCAAGUCAAUGAUGAUCUGUUCUCGAUGCGCUCAGGCAACAAGCGCCCUGGAGCUAAGAGGCCUGCAGCUAAACGAUCCGCUGCUACACUCAGUGGCUUGGCUGGUGGUGAUGAUAUGGCAUACAUUGAGUACAAUAAGAGCAAGAAUAAGCAGCUCAAGGACAAAACCGGUCACCAUCCAUUGUUCAUGAAGAUGGAACGAGAGCGACAGCGGCGCAAGAAGGAGCGGGAAACCGGGGUCGAAUAG